AUGCACCGCCAGCCCUUCAUCCCAGCCCGCAACUCGCGGCAUCGCAUCGCCGCACUAUCCCUCUACCGGGCUCUCCUGCGGUCCACAAGAAAGAUAGAUGUGCCUCAAGAUGCGCAGAGACCUGCAAGGGACGCCAUGACACAUGCCGUCAAGAAGGCAUUCGUCAGGAAUCGGGCAUAUACAAGCUACAGAUUGGUGUAUGCUUCCAUGGCGGCAGGAUACAAGGUAACCCGCAUCAGCAACGCCCUCUUCUCACCCCAGGACAUGAUUCAGCUGGCUGACAAAACGCGCAAAGCUCCUAUCGCUCUUACUCACGGCGCAAAAGCGAGGAUGCCCGGAGCACACCCAGCUCAUAGAGCAUCUUCGCCUUCGCGGCGACCUUACCCCGUCACACUCCAAGCCAAAGCACACCGCCCGACGGCACCGCACCGCCUUCCGUCCGUCUCCGCCACAGCAGACGGCCAGCCCUUCCUGCGCCUGAAAAAGCCCCAGCCAAAAGCACUCUCCAGAAUGAUUGGUCGAAAAGGGCGCAUAUUCGCCAAGAAGAUACGCAAGCUGGUCGAAGCAGACGGGGAACUGCGCUGGGAUGCCGCGCAGGAGGACCGGUGGGAUGAACUCAUGGCGAAGCAGAUGCAGGCCGAGCGAGUGAGUGGUGAGUCUGAGCGCUUUUGCGCCAACGGGAGUGGGCAAAAGGUUUCCGAGAGCUCUUUUGCAUGGAGUGUUCAAGUGACGAGAUUAUGGUGGGAGUGGCAGGUUGAGAGGAUGUGGAGGGAUUGGAACGCGCGGGGCGAGGCGCUGCACCAAGUUGUUGAAGAGCAGAGGACACAACUGAGACGGGAGGAUGCUGUGAAUCCGGAGUCUUUGCAGAAAGGCCCAUUGAAGGCUGGAAAUAUGCCGAGCUCGCGUAACCUGGAUACGCCGCCGAAUGUCGACGUUUAUCCGGCCCGCCCUUAUCCCCUGAUGGCAUCUAUCCCCGCCGUCCUUGCCAAGCAAAUGCAUCGUCAACAAAGGGGUGGGACGGGAAAGUCUGUCGACCCAUUUACAGAACCUGCGUGGAAUGCGUUGGUGCGGGCUCAGAGCAGCCGGCUGUUGAAAUGGGCUGGUAAAGGGGCGGCUAGCAAAGUAUAG